AUGCAGUCCCGCCUAGAUGGGAAAUUGGCCUUGCUUUAUACACUAUUAGUCCUGCAAGUUCUUAUUGUUAUGAUUUAUGUUGCUACUACUCCACCUUCUGAAUUAACUGUGCCUACAACUCAUACCUCUGUUACAUUUGUAAAAUUUGAAGAAGCGCAGGAACCUCCAGUGCAACAGACCAAUCGUAAAAAGUUUCCCAUCUACCAGACAAUCAAUGGGGAGAUAGUCCUAAAAGAUGUCAAGACUUUCACUUUAUUCGAUGUAUACAAUCAUACCGUUUGUUGGAAAUAUGGAGUGGAUAAUCAGAAGAUGAAAACUAGCGAAGACUUUCAAAAAUGUAUUUGCACUCAAGGAUGGCAUGGCUCGGACUGCGGUCAGCCGGAAGUAGUCUGGAGGGCAAUUAUGGCAUCGAAGCAAAACGUUAAACUGAAACAUCGUAAAACAGCGAGACGUAUUAUUCAUACGUUUUUUCUGAACGAAUACAAUUCAGCAAUCGCGGAGGUGAUAGUAGAAGAGUUACACAAUGUAGUCGAUCUUUUUGUAAUCUGUGAUUUGAGUAAUGCAGAGGAUAAUUUUCAUCAUAAGCUACUUAAAGGUUUGUUACAACAGGAACAGAGGAAAAUUUUAUAUAUUAAUAUAGCGACGAAGGUGCACAAGCCGUUGAGGGUAGUGUCCAAAUACAUUUGGGAGAAAAUAAAGACUGUAGUACGGAAUUUAAGAGACGAUGAUAUUUAUGUAACGACUGAAUCAGAACAAAUACUAAACUCUAGGGCAUUAAUGUUCCUCAAAGUAUACAACGGAUGGCCACAGCCUAUCGGUUUUAGAUUAAGAUGGUCUGUCUAUGGUUUCUUCUGGCAACAUCCACUGAAAACAACGAUAACGGUUGGUGCGUGUACAGUUGGACUGAUGCGUGAAGCUUAUCAAUCAAAUUCCAUCAUGUUGCAACAACUCGAAGGAGACUUGAGUGAAAGAGAUAGUCUAGGCCUAGUUAUAGGAGACUUAAAUCAUUACGGGGGAUGGUACUGUUAUCUUUGCCAGGCACCAGCAAAUAUUAUAACUAGCCUACACAAUAAAGUUAAAUCCAAGGAAAUUCAAAUAGAAAACGCUAUUGAUGUACCAUUCAUCGAGGACCUAAUAGGAAGCGGAUUGUGGUUAGAUGGAAAAACUAAUCUCCUAAGAGUCUCUAAAUCUCGGGACCUCUAUUUUGCGCCUGAAACAAUACUUAAUAAUACAUGGAAAUAUGACUGGCUAGUAGAGAAUUUUUAUGCUAAAUUAGACUAUUAUUGACAUACUGGUCG